GAGCAAGCUGAGGGAGUUGAUAAUGGACAGGGAAGCCUGGCAUGCUGUAGUCCAUGGGAUCGCAAAGAGACGGACACAACUGAGCAACUGAACUGAACUGAAGGCAACUGUGCCAUAUCAGAGGCUGGAGGCUGAUAUGAUAGGCUGCUUUGAUGUGGGGGAGAGGGAAAAGGAAGAAUCAAAGAAGAUCCUGAGGUUUGGAGCCAGGUGAGUGGGAGAAUAACAUGCAGAGAUAGAGUCCAGAGGGGCAAGUGGCUGGAAGAGAAGACACACCAGCUUCAGUGGGUGUGGUGUCUGGGUGGAGUUGGUCCAGAGGCUGUGAGAGCUACAGGAUUGACGGGAGAGAGGUGAGGACUGGACCCAUAGCGGGAGGUUUAGGGGCCUGGUUGAAAGCCACGGACACAGAAUGUGGAAUAAGCAGGGAAGGGCCGUGAGGACGGGAAGGGUCCUCACUUGGAGGCCAGAAGAGGAGGUGGGCUGGAGCUCGGGGUAGCGAGACAGGAAGACAGCACAGGGGCGCUGAGUGUUCAGCAGCCGAGGCUGGAGUUAAGCGCCCAGCGCUCGGGACUGUAUCCCAGUGUGACUGUGAGGGAGGUAAUUCCACGCCAUGAUGUGGUCAAAGCCUCAGUCUGUUCAUUUCCUCUCUACCAGGGGGAGCACAACCGCUUAUUAUUCUUCUCAGAGGAAAAGAUGAGACCAGACGUGCUAAUUGAAUAAGCAGUUUAUUGUAUUAGGGAUGUAAUCAAAUCGAAGAGAACAUUUGGCUAGUUAGUUCUCCAGGGAAACAACUAUAUAUUAAUAGAACAGACAAAGAUAAGCAACCAAAGAAAAAUAAGGUAAAUUGAACCUCAUCAAAAUGAAAAACUUGCACAUCAAAGGAUAUUAUCAUGAAAGUGAAAAGAUAGCCCCUAGGAUGGAAGAAAUUUUCAAAUUUUAUAUCUGAUAAAGGACUUGUAUUUAGCAAUUAUAAAGAACUCUUAACUCAGUAAUAAAAGACAACCCAAUUAAAAGUGGACAAAGGAUGUGAAUAAUGUUUCUCUAAAGAAGGUAUAGAAAUGACGGAUAAACACAUGAAUAGAUGCUCAACAUUGUUAGUCUUUGGGAAAUGCAAAUCUAAACCACAAUGAGGUGUAAUUUCAUACCUACCAGGAUGACUACAAUCAAAAAGACGAUGAUAAGCAAGUUUUGGUGAGGAUGUAGAGAAAUUAGAAACCCCAGACGUUGCUGAUGGGAAUGUAUUAAUAAAAUGGUGCAGCUACUGUGGAAAAUAGCCUGGCAGUUCCUCAAAAGGUUAAAUAUAGAGUUACCAUAUGACCCAGUGGUUCCACUCUUAGUUAUAUAUCCAAGGGAAAUGAAAACUGUAUGUCCACACAGAAACUUGUAAAGAAUGUUUAUAGCAGGAUCAUAAUAGACAAAAAGUAGAAACAACAGAAAUGUCCAUCCACUGAUGAAUGGAUAAGUAAAAUGCUGUGUUCACACAAUGGAAUAUUAUUGUGCAAUUAAUAGGAAUGAAGAACUGAUACAUGCUACAACAUGGAUGAAUCUUCAAAACAUUCUGUCAAGUGAAAGAAGUCAGACACAAAAGGUCACAUAUAGUAUGAUUCUGUUUAUGAGACUUGCCUGGAACAGCCCUGGACAGCGAGUCGGCCUCCAGCAGCAUCCGUUUCAGCAAGGCCUGCCUGAAGAACGUCUUCUCAGUCCUGCUCAUCUUCAUCUACCUGCUGCUCAUGGCCGUGGCUGUCUUCCUGGUCUACCAGACCAUCAUGGACUUCCGCGAGAAGCUCAAGCACCCUGUCAUGUCAGUGUCUUACAAGGAGGUGGAUCGCUACGAUGCCCCAGGCAUCGCUCUGUAUCCCGGUCAGGCCCAGCUGCUCAGCUGUAAGCAUUAUUACGAGGUCAUCCCGCCUCUGAGGAGCCCCGGGCAGCCUGGAGAUGUGAACUGCACCACUCAGAGGAUCAACUACACGGACCCCUUCUCCAAUCAGACCCUGAAAUCCGCCCUGAUUGUGCAGGGGCCGCGGGAGGUGCAGAAGCGGGAGCUGGUCUUCCUCCAGUUCCGCCUGAACCAGAGCAGCGAGGACUUCAGCGCCAUUGAUUACCUGCUCUUCUCGUCCUUCCAGGAGUUCCUGCAGAGCCCAGACAGGGCCGGCUUCAUGCAGGCCUGCGAGAGCGCCUAUUCCAGCUGGAAGUUCUCGGGGGGCUUCCGGACCUGGGUCAAGAUGUCCCUGGUGGAGACCAAGGAGGACAGGCGGGAGGCGGUGGAGUUCCGGCAGGAGACCAGUGUGGUUAACUACAUUGACCAGAGACCCGCAGCCGAGAAGAGCGCUCAGUUGUUCUUCGUGGUCUUUGAAUGGAAAGAUCCUUUCAUCCAGAAAGUCCAGGACAUAAUCACCGCCAAUCCUUGGAACACAAUUGCUCUUCUCUGUGGAGCCUUCUUGGCAUUAUUUAAAGCUGCAGAAUUUGCCAAACUGAGUGUGAAAUGGAUGAUCAAAAUUCGGAGACGAUACCUUAAGAGAAGAGGUCAGGCAACAAACCACAUAAGCUGAGGUUGUCGGUGUUGUUCCUAGAAACUGCCCGAGUUGAUGGAAGUUCUCAUCACUUCCACUUUGGUAAACCAGGCUGCCAGCAAUCCAGUCCUCACUUGAAGAAAACAGGCUUUGCCGGGGGCCUAGCCUGUCACACUGCAGCUUCUAACCCGGCCCCCCAACGAGACUAUCUUAGAGCCCAGUGGAACAGAUCCAGUGGAUGACAUAAACGUUAUUUAAGUAUUUAAAUUAUUGGUGAACAUUUUUUGACAUAUGACAUGAAUAUGUCAAAUGGAAGAUGGACUCAGAUAGAAUCCAGUGUUCUCAAGGUUUGUGGAAGCUGUCUUCCUUCUUCCUUGGUUUGGUGUAUAGUUAAGGUCCGACAGGAUGAUUAAGGUUCUGACCGCAGGUCUUCUCCUUGAGAUUUUUUUAAAAUGAAGGGUGUGUGACUUUCUUCUCUCCGCACUGGUGACUUUCCGGCGGUGGAGGUCACAGUGUGGAACCAGUGUGCUAUUUGCGAGAAGCAGAAAACCCCUCAUAUCUCUGGUGCCAUGUGCAAGUCUCUGACAUACUCUCAUGUGUUAAAUAUUAAAUGAGACUUUUUUAAAACUA